CGCGCAGAGAGACCAGCAGCGUCGUCGGAGAGAUAGUUAUUACGCGCAGGUCUUGGGGACCCGGUCGAGAGGGACGAGUACAUAGCAGCCACCGGUUUCACAAGGGCGACUCGUUUUACGGCCAUGGCCUUCCCGCGGCGGCGCAGCCUGUGGCUCAAGGUCGCGAUACUCGCGGCUGCCGUGUGGCUGACGGUCUGCUUCUUGCUGUACACCGAGGACCGGGCUGCCGUCGGGGUCGUCGACUCGAGCCUCCAGCAGCAGCAGCCCCUGGCGCAGGCCCAGCAAGGCAUUGCCUUCGCCAAUGGCUUUGUGCCCGCCGUGCCCCAGAGCUCCAGGAGGGAGUCGCACAGCAGCGCGUCCAAGAAGCUCGAGCACGCCGGUCCCGAGCAGGGUGGUGGGGUGUUGGUGCCGCCUCAGGACCAAGACCUCGCGCGCCCGGGUGAGAUGGGCAGACCGGUCGUCCUGCCGAGCAACCUCACCACUGAAAUCAAGAAGCUGGUGGAUGACGGGUGGAUCAACAACGCCUUCAACCAGUACGCCAGCGACAUCAUUUCCGUUCACAGGUCACUGCCGGAUCCACGGGACGCUUGGUGCAAAGAGCCGGGCAGGUAUUUGAAGGACCUGCCGCCGACGUCUGUGAUCAUUUGCUUCCACAACGAGGCCUGGUCCGUUCUCCUGCGUACGGUGCACUCCGUUUUGAACAGGUCGCCCCCUCACCUCAUUCAGGAAAUCAUCCUCGUCGACGACUACUCGGACAUGCCCCACCUGAAGCUCCAGCUGGACGACUACGUGAGGAACUACCCGAAGGUGAAAAUAGUACGGGCGGCGAAGCGCGAGGGCCUCAUCCGGGCGAGGUUGCUCGGCGCCGCGGUGGCCAAGGCCCCGGUGCUCACGUACCUCGACAGCCACUGCGAGUGCACGGUCGGCUGGCUCGAGCCCCUGCUCGACCGGAUCGCCCGCAACCAAACUACCGUAGUCUGUCCGGUCAUCGACGUCAUCGACGACACCACUCUCGAGUACCACUGGCGGGACUCGGGCGGCGUCAACGUCGGUGGCUUCGACUGGAACCUACAGUUCAAUUGGCACGCGGUGCCCGAGCACGAGAAGAAGCGUCACCAGAACCCAGCCGAGCCGGUUUGGUCGCCGACGAUGGCCGGAGGACUGUUCGCCAUCGACCGCGAGUUCUUCGAGCGCCUCGGCACCUACGACAGCGGCUUCGACAUCUGGGGCGGCGAGAACCUCGAGCUUUCCUUCAAGUCGUGGAUGUGUGGUGGCACCCUGGAGAUCGUCCCGUGCUCUCACGUGGGCCACAUUUUCCGCAAACGCUCGCCCUACAAAUGGCGAAGCGGCGUAAACGUGCUCAAGAGGAACAGCAUCCGGCUCAGCGAGGUGUGGCUGGACGAGUACGCCAAGUACUACUACCAGAGGAUAGGUCACGACAAGGGAAAUUACGGGGACGUGUCGGAGCGUAAAGAGCUGAGGAAAAAACUCGGCUGCAAGUCCUUCAAGUGGUAUCUCGACAAUAUUUACCCGGAGCUCUUCAUCCCGGGCGAGGCGGUCGCUUCCGGCGAGGUGAGAAACUUGGGCGAGGGCAACAAGACCUGCUUGGAUUCGCCGGCACGCAAGGCCGAUUUGCACAAGCCGGCAGGCCUCUACCCGUGCCAUCGCCAGGGAGGCAACCAGUACUGGAUGCUGAGCAAAGCCGGGGAGAUACGCAGGGACGAGGCCUGCCUCGACUACAGCGGCACGGACGUCAUACUUUAUCCCUGCCACGGGAGCAAGGGCAACCAGCAGUGGAUUUAUGACCCUACGACCACAAUGGAACGUACAGUGUAA